AUUUGCAGUAAUACCUAUAGUAUUUUAUUUCAUACAAAUACAAGUUACUAAAGUACAAGACCGGAGUGCGGAGUUGUCAAAUUAAACGGAAAUUAUUAUUUCGCAUCGUGUCUUCGUGGAAAAUUAAUUUCUUGAAUUUUUUGCUGUAUUAUUAUAGUUGUUGCUAGAUGUCUGUAACCGGCGAUAUAGCACCCACAGUGUUAGUUCUCGAUGGAGGUUUCUCGACUCAAUUGUCUUGUCAUGUGGGCACUUCAGGGGAUGGAGAUCCACUCUGGAGCUCGCGCUUUCUUCAGACACAUCCUGAUGAUGUUGUUAGCACUCACUUGGACUUCCUCCGCGCCGGCUCUGACAUUAUUAUGACCAACACUUAUCAAGCGUCCAUCGGAGGUUUCGUCAAACAUCUAGGCAUUUCACCAGAACAAGGAUACGAUCUCAUUAAACAUGCAGUGGAACUCGCCAAACGCGCCCGAGACAUUUUCUUAAAGGAAUGCCAGGAAACAGGUGAUGUCAUUCGAGCCCCUCUCAUCGCGGGCUCAGUAGGUCCAUAUGGAGCAUACUUACAUGAUGGCUCGGAGUACAGCGGCGACUACGCAGAUAUAACACCUGUUAAUGCCAUGAGAGAGUGGCACAUGCCAAGGAUCAAGGCUCUGGUGGAAGCUGGGGUAGACUUUUUAGCUUUUGAGACCAUUCCUUGUCUGAAAGAAGCUGAAAUGCUUGUACAGAUUUUAAAAGAGUUUCCAAAUAUUAAAGCAUGGCUGAGUUUCAGUUGUAAGGAUGAGCAAUCAUUAGCACAUGGAGAAGACUUUAAAACGGCUGUACUGAAAUGUUGGGACUUGAACCCCUCCCAACUAGUUGCUAUUGGUGUAAACUGCUGCUCACCAAAAAUUGUUGCAAAGUUAUUCAAGGGUGUCAAUGAUGAGCGCCCACACUCUCCCAUACCAUUCAUUACCUACCCUAACUCAGGCGAGAAGUAUAACCCUGACUUAGGCUGGAUUGACCAAGGCAAAUGUGAAGCCCUUGCUAGCUUUGUGCCCGAGUGGCUGGAUAUAGGAGUUAGGUAUGUGGGGGGGUGUUGCAGGACUUACGCCACUGAUAUCUCACUUAUCAGGAACCAAGUCCAGAUUUGGGUUAACAAUCAAAGUAAAAAUUCUCAGAAUAAGUAAUAUCUGUAAUGCUAUG